AUGCCUCUCCUCGCCCUGAAUCCCAAGAACCGCGUCAUCCUCGGUCUUAUGACUUUCGGCCCCGACGAAUCUGCUGGCGCCCGCAUCACCUCACUAUCCGAAUACAACAAAUGCCUCGACUAUUUCCAAUCUCAGGGCUACGACGAAGUAGAUACAGCGCGGACCUACAUCGGCGGCCAACAGGAAGCCUUCACGCGAGAAGCGAGAUGGAAAGAACGAGGUCUAAAGUUGGCCACGAAAUGUUAUCCAACCGAGCCAGGAAUGCACAGGCGAGACCAGCUGAAAGGAUUUUGUUACAAAAGCCUGAGUGAGCUGGGAACGGACUGUGUCGACAUCUUCUAUCUCCAUGCCCCGGAUCGGAGCGUCCCCUUCGAGGAGUCGCUAGAAGCGUGCAACGAGCUGCACAAAGAAGGCAAAUUCGUCGAGCUGGGAUUGAGCAACUAUGCAGCGUGGGAGGUCGCCGAGAUAGUAAUCACAUGUCGCAAGAACGGUUGGGUCCAACCCACCGUCUACCAGGCCAUGUAUAACGCCAUCACCCGCUCCAUCGAAACCGAGUUGAUUCCCUGCUGCCGCAAAUUCUCCCUCUCGAUCGUAAUCUACAACCCGCUCGCCGGUGGCAUCUUUUCGGGAAAAUACAACAACAUCUCCCACACCUCCCUCCCCUCUCAGGGCCGCUACAGCAACACCGCCACCGCCAUCGGCUCCAUGUACCGCGACCGCUACUUCAAGCCCGAGGUCUUCGAGUGUUUGGCGCUGAUCGAGCCGGUGGCCAAGAACCACGAUCUCACGUUGUUGGAGAUCGCACUGAGGUGGUGUGUGCAUCAUAGUCAGUUGAAGAUCAAGGAUGGUGGGGACGGGGUGAUUAUUGGAGUGAGUAGUUUGGCGCAGCUGGAGGGGAAUCUGAGCGAUUUGGAGAAGGGCCCAUUGCCGGAGGAGGUGGUCCAGGCGCUGGAUCGGGCCUGGCUGGUUUCGAAGGCUACUACGCCGUUAUACUGGCGGUGA